GUACCUCCAAGUUGGGCAGAAGGAGCGUGCGGCGGCCCUCUACACUCGAAUAGGGGCUCUCGAGCCCCUCAUUGAGAUUGUCCGUUCCUGUGACCGACAGAAUGACCAAGACGAGGGGAUCAUGCUGGACGCUGCGGCCUGCUUCAUAAAACAUGAUCAUUACAUGUUUGCAAAGGAAGCUUUAACGAAAGCGGAAGACUUUGAGAACCUCAUUAGUCUGCAUGUGAAGAAGAGCAGGUUGCCCGACAAGCCUAUGAAAGCGGUAGCUGACGUAGCUCGACAGCUGACCAACCUCUCGGCUGAGCAAAAGCUCUUCAAGCAAGCUGGCAUGUACAGUUAA